AUGUCAAGACCAUUAGGGUAUCUAGAAGUUCUAACAAAACCUUCUAAAAACAACUUUGUCAGUUGUCCAACACUUUCAGGAUUGCCUUCCAAAGAAAGAAGGAAGGAUAAAGAUUAUUUAAAACUCGUCAAGCAUUCUAUCCUAAAAAUUGGCAGGAGUAACAAAGAAUGUGACUUUCUAUUGGCUGAUGAUCCAUCAAUUUCAUCCGUUCAUUGUCAUAUAUGGGGAAUCCUAUUCGAUGAUUCAAGUGUUCCAAUGUGCUACAUCAAGGAUGUUUCUUUAAAUGGAACUUUCGUGAACUCAAAGAGAUUGGAAAGAGAGACAGCUUAUGUUCUCAAUGAUAAUGAUCUUAUUGAUCUGCCAACUCUUGGGAAUGCUGUAUCUUUCAGAUUUCUGGAAUCUUUACCUGAUUUGGAAGAUCCAGAAGAUACAUCCGCCAGAAAAGAAACUCCCGAUAUUUAUUCAACAUUAAAUAUAAAAAAGUCCGUGGAGAAUAAAUGGGAUAUUUCACCCAGAAUAAUAGGAAAUGGAACUUUUGGUAACGUUCUUGUUGCAUUUAAGAAAUCGGAAAUUGUUGCAAGUGAUGUCUACUCCCGACCAAAUUUUGCAGUCAAAGUAAUAAAGUUAAGGAAAUACAAAGUCGACAAAGAGGCAAAAAUAUUACUAAAAUUGAAUCAUCCCAAUAUAAUCAAGAUUCAUUAUACCUUUAAUGAUUUAAUGAAUAAUAACUUAUACAUAUUCCAGGACUUAAUACCUGGAGGCGACUUAUUCUCAUAUCUUGCUAAAGGUGAAUGCUUAACAGCCAUAUCUGAGACAGAAACGCUUAUCAUUGUUUAUCAAAUUUUAAAGGCACUACAUUAUAUUCAUGGACGAGGAAUUGUUCAUCGUGACCUCAAGUUAGAUAAUAUUCUCUUAUGCUCCCCAGAACCAUGCACAAGAAUUGUUCUUGCAGAUUUUGGAAUUGCCAAAGAUUUAUCGCUUAAAAAUACAAGAAUGAAUACAAUAGUUGGCACCCCAGAGUAUUGCGCUCCAGAAGUAGGGUUUAAGGCCACUAGGUCAAUCAUAGAUCAAUCCUGUUCUAGGGCUAAUACAAUCGAUCAAUCAAUGAAUGGUUACGAUUCAAAAUGUGAUAUUUGGUCCCUAGGUGUCAUUACCCAUAUAAUGUUGACAGGCAUCUCUCCAUUCUAUGGAGAUGGUAGUGAAAACUCAAUAAUUCAAAAUGUCAAGAGGGGAAAAUUGGAUUUUUCCAUGAAGCCUUGGAAUAAUGUUAAUCAUAAUGCCAAACAGUUUGUGGAAAAACUCUUAGAAAUUGAUGCAGAUAAAAGAUUAGAUAGUAAACAGAGCUUUCAACAUCCUUGGAUUUCUAGGUAUCAAACUCAAUUGGAAAAGAUCUAUCAGAAGAAAAUCAUGUCUACUUUGUCAGCUGCUGAAAUUGAAGGAAAAGCUGAUUGGAAACGAAGACUUCCCAAAUGCGUAUCAUUAUCGAAUUCAUCAUUAAUCCCCAACAAUAAGAAGCAAAGGAAGAAUAUUUAA